AUGGGCUUUUUUGCCAAUCGUUGGAUUGAGAAACACGGUGCGGACACGGAGAAGGCGGCGCUCUCGACAGGAUCCACGCCGGUUGUACAGCCAAAGACGAAAUGGUACUCGCGCAAGAAGGACCAAGACAGUGGGGGCCCUUCGACAUCGACCGCGAAUGGCAAAUCACAGUCUCAAAAGCCUGCUAAUCAAGACACUGUGACUGCCAACGGUACAAAGAGUCGGCCAGCGCCAUCGUACGGGACGUGGAGUGCAAAGACUGCACCGACCGUCAUGUCAGACGACGAAGACACCCAGAGUCGAUACGGAACAAUGAGAAAGCUCUCUAGCGCUUCUCAACCCGGUCCCUCUUCCCUCCCUGCCAGACUGGCGACGGACAAUGUCACAGUCACGCUUGCGCAACGACUAGACGAAUUGGCGACAGCUAACGCGGAUGGGUUGCUAAGGUAUGGUCUCCUCUAUUUCGCCUACCUAGUCGCUCUAGGCGGCGACGACGAAUAUCGAUUGCUCCGACAAAACCUGUUCGAGCGCUUUGGGUCCGUGGCGGCCCAAAUACCCGCCGAACAGUCGCCAAUUGCACUUCCCUCGCCGCUCAAUCGAAAGGCGUCAAUGUCAAAUUCCAACGCCGAGCGAACUUCCGGUCAAUCGUCCGUGCCGCAAGGAGAUUCCAACUUUAAUGUUUCAAAAGGGACACACUCGAUUCGCUCCAACCGCUCGCAAGGCUCGUCGAUACAAACCGCCAUUACCUCUCUGAUUCGACGAGCGACACGCCGGUCAUCAACAACGCCACGUACAAGCUUUGGUGGUAGUGGAAACGAUGCCGAAUCUACAUACUCGCGGGGCUCGCGCAAUAGCUCGGUACAUCCAAGAGGCCUACCACGAACGCUGGUCCACAAGGCUUCUGCCGGUUCAAUACAAACCAGCCCUUCCCUCGGAGCGAUGCCUACCGGGUCCGGAAGUGGACUUCGUAUGACUGCGACCUUUGUCUCUAGAACCACGUCGCGAAGUCGGCCACCCUCUUCCUAUCAUCGGAGACAUGCGCCAUCAGAAGGUGGUGGUUCAGACGAGAUUGGGGCAGAUUGGACUGCAGCAGAGCUUCGAGCCGAGAUUGUCAGUCUGGAAGAAGAGAACAAAAAAGUAUUGGACAUGUUCAACGGGCUGGAGAUGACCGUUUUGAUGAAGUACAGACCGGCCAUGGGGGGUCGAAUAGAUACGAAUGGGGCCAACAUCGUCGGCUCCCCCACCCGCGAGCUUCCCACGGAAUGGAAGUUAUCACAGGACAUGAAGAAGCUGAAUGCACACGAAAAGUCAUCUCGGGCGAGUGUUUCAUCGAGCUCCCUAAGGAGCUUUGCCGCUCUACAGCGAAAGGGGUCCCUCAGUUUCCUGAGCAGACGGAACCAAGCCCUUCCCCCACUUCCCCCCCUCCCGACCGCUGCAGUAGCAUCCUCGUCGUCCUCAGCGUCGAAUUCGAAUCUCAGUUCAUCGGCGUUGCUACCCUCGACUUCGUCCUCCCUACAUCCGAUGACAGCAUCACAAUCUAACCGCUCCUCCCCUAAUCUCUCACUUGAUCGCGUUCCUUCUUCCCCGACGCCGCAUGGGAAACUGUCCCGUUCGCGGUCGGGGUUUGUUGGGACGAAUCACGGCAGGGAAGACAGCCAGCCAUUGAACGUGGUCAACCUAGGGGUAGACGAUGAGCGAGACACGGAGCAGGUAGCUUUGGAAAGGGGUUUGGAGGAUAUUCGACGCAAGCGUGCGAGCGUGGUGUCCCGGUACGACAAGCGGCUCGAGUAUCUGCGCGCGCGCCUACGUACGGCAGAGAUACACGAGCGACUGCUCAAGUGA